CCCCACCCGCCACCACCAUCGCCCUUCCGCCCUCAAAGCAGACACACAUGUCAAUCUUCCAGUGGCUGCGGCGGGCCGGACAUCAAGCUGAGUCGCCCGGCGCCCCAUCCCCCGCUUUGCCUGAUCCGACCUCCUCAACGGCAUCUAGCCAGACGUCGAUGCUGUCUCCCUCCGGACAGCCCGGGGGCCCCAUCGGUCCCGUACGAGGCGGUGCCCCCUCGGAAAUUUCCGAGGUGACUGUGGAUGACCUUCCCCCCUCGGCACAAAUCACCGACGAUGAGCGCAUCUACGAGCGCAUUCGUACUGGCGAGCUCUGUUGGAUUCGGAUCUUUCGGUUCGAGAAAGGCGUGCAGGAUGAACCCACCGAGUUCACCCUUGGCGCCUUCGGGACAAUCUAUGUCAGCCGCGAGGAGGUUGUCCUCACGGCCAAUCCCAGCCAGUAUGCCUACUUGCGCAAAUCUCGCCCCGAUACCGGCGUCUCCCGGAUUGAGGGCAACCAGAAGCUGUCGUUCCACUCGCCCCCGAACCAGGAACUGGAGAUCUACAUCAUCUCGGUCUUUCCGAGCCUGGCCCCAUACUGUGGCCUGUAUAACCAGGGGGCCACAUGCUACAUGAACUCCAUCCUGCAAUCACUCUUUUUCACACCUGCCUUUGUUCAGGCUCUCUUUCAAAUUCCACUGCGUGCCAACCCGGCCGACGGGACCGACCAGCCGAGCCAAACGAUCCCUCUGUCUCUGCAGCGGCUCUUCUUCGAGAUGAUGCUCGCUCGGGAUGCUGGCCCCAACUGCCGGCGCCUGCCGGUGGACACGCAGCGCCUGACACGGUCCUUCGGCUGGGAUGUCCAACAGUCCUUCCAGCAGCAUGACGUCCAAGAGUUCAAUCGAAUCCUCUGUGACAACCUGGAGACCGGCAUGAAGGGCACCUCCGUGGAAGGACGCCUGAACCAGCUGCUCGAGGGCGAGUACAAGAGCUACAUUCGCUGCCUGAAUGUGGAGUACGAGUCCUCUCGAACGGAAACCUUCUUCGAUAUCCAACUGAAUGUCCAGGGGCUGCCAAAUCUUGAGCGCUCCUUCGAGCAGUACAUCUCGGAAGAGCGGCUGGACGGCGAGAAUGCCUACAAUGCCGAUGGGUUUGGCCUGCAGGCUGCCACCAAGGGGGUUAUCUUCACGAAAUUCCCCCCGGUGCUGCAUCUGCAGCUGAAGCGCUACGAGUAUGACAUUCACACUGGCAACAAUGUCAAGGUCACCUCGCACUUCGAGUUCCCAGACACCAUCGAUCUCGGCCCGUACAUGGAGAAGGAUGAGCACGGCCGGAGCCAGAGCAAGAUCUACCACCUGUACGGAGUACUGGUGCACGAGGGAACCGUCAACCUCGGUCACUACUUUUCCUUCCUUCGGCCGAGGAAGAACGGCCUGUGGUAUCAGUUCAAUGAUGACGAAGUGAACCCGGUCGACUACUCGCUCGUCACGCGGGACAGCUUUGGCUCCAACCAGCAGGUCUGCCGCCAGACAACCACCGCCUAUAUGCUGGUGUACUUUGCGGAGGAGCACUUGGAUGAGAUCUUCACCGAAUUUAAGAUCGCCGAUGUGCCAUCGCCUCUGGCACACUACCUGGAAACAUCAGUCCGGCAUGAUGCCCCCUUCCCGGCGGAAUACUCGCCCCCGCCUGACACGAUGGCCAUCACCCUGUCGACGCCGCCGCUGACCGGGGACCCUCUGGACCUCAAUCAGGCGCUUGAACAGAAGGAUGUCGAGCCCCUGCGCGACAACUUCUUCAGUGAUGUUCGAAGCGGCUACAUCACUCUGGAGCCGGAGUUCCAGCGGUUUUCCGACCUGCGGUCGGUGGUUGACUGGAAGAAGACCACUCUGGAAACGCCGUUCUCCUCUGAGAAGUACAUCGAUCUUGGGGAUUACCAAUUCGGCGACCACUAUAUUUUUGUCAUGCUGUGGGAUCUUUGUCCGGAAAGCGACAUCCUGCUCCCGGUCCAGCGGCUGAUGGUCCACCGAGACACCUUCUCACUGGCCAGCCUCGGUCGGUCGCCCACUUGCCGCUUCUUCCUAUCUUUCGACAAUGGUGAUGCCGAGCUUAUCGAUCCCCAGCAGCUCUUUGACCACGAUUACAUCCCUCUAGAGCUGGCUCACAUUAUCUGUGUCGAGGGCGACCAGGACUACGACACGUUUGACGACUUCUUGCUCCUGCGAUUCAUGGAGCAAUCCUCGACAGUGGGCUUCUAUGGCGAACAGUCUGGGCUCAUUCUGGUCGCCGGCCUGCAUCAGGGCACCCUGACUCUCGACCGACUCCGUCAGGCCAUUGUUCGUGCUCGGUCUCGGGUCCUCCCCAAUGACGUGACCAGCCCUGGCCAUAUCUACAUCAGGUAUUUCAUGGACAUCCCCGCGCAUGCCCAAACGCCGGACUACACACAAGACCCGCACGCCCUGCUGUCUACGAUCAAGAACAACCACUGCUUCGCCAUGCGCUACAGCCACUCGGUGCGGGAGCUCCGGGGGCGGGUGCGGCCAUUCACGUGUAUUCUGGUGGACUCGCGCUUCCAGAGCCUCAGCGUGACGGUUUACCUGCCGGAGGAUUUGGGCCCCAUCACGCCGGACAACCUGGUACAUCUGGUGCUGGAGUCCGCCGGUGACGGGCUUCGACGCGCGGCCCAGGCUGUCCAUUCGCCGGGGCUCCCGGUGACGGACUUCCUGGCGCCGCCGGGUGACAUCCUAUCUCGCUUCCGGGUGGUGCCGUUCUUCAUUUUCGAUGUUUUCUUCUUCGGGAUUCUGUGUGGGCCGAUGGAUUUGUCAUCCGGGGUUCCCCCGCCGCAGCUGAGCAUCCAGCUGAUGCCGCCAACCCCAAGCGCCCCGGCAGGUCUGUAUGUCCCGCCGGCUCGGCCGCAGGAGCUUUACCAGACAAUGGUGCUGGUGCUGCGCCUGCAGCAGGGCCACCUGGCCACUCCCUUCCUGGUGGAUGUGACUGGCAUGCAUACCUUGCUGGAGGUGAAGCAGAUGCUGGUCGAGCGGAUGGACGCUCGGAAGAACGACGCAUACAUGGUGAACCUGAACCUGAACGUCAGUUUCCGCAGGCCAUCCAAUGAGAUCAUCCUGCAGCACCUUGCCCAGGCCAGUGGAUCGUCCCUGCGACUGGCGCCCAGUGGCAGCCCCACCGACUCGGCGAGUGGCAGCCCUCAUGAGCAGAGCUAUGAGGAGCGCGUGUGUGGAUUGCUGGCGCGCGUGAGGGCCGAGCUUGGGCCGGCCGAGGGCCGGCCCUCGGCCGUGCCGGACAUCUUCACGGACGAACCGCCCGGCCAGCUGGCCAAGGCCCACCCAGCGGACAUGACCCUGGCACAUGCGGAGCUCGAGGCCGGGGAUCUGCAGCAGGCCCUGAUCGGCAUGAGCUGGGUCCCCGGGUCGGAGAGUCUGCGCCGGGAGGUCAGCCAGGCAGUAGGCCACUCCCUUGGGUACUUCUUCACGCUGGAUGGCUCCCAGCUGCUCGGGUCGCAGGGUGGAGCCGCAGGUCGCGGGGGCAUUCGGUUUGGGUAGGCCACAGUAUUGUGGCCCAUGUUCUCGCCUGCCCCCUGCCCCUGCAUUCCCUCCCCCCCCCCGCCUCCCUCCUUUGCCCACAAACACUUGCUCAGGCUGCGUGCGUUUCCCAGUGUCGGCAUGCCUCGACCUCCGGAUGUGUUGUAUGAUUGAGUAUGGACAUACCGCGCAUUUCGGUACCGCCUGACCGAUACCACUGCUUCCUUGGCUCUCCCUGUGCCAAGGCAGGCUUAUUAAUACACAGUGACCCUUCCUCA